AUUUAUUCUCUUCAACAAUCACUGCGUCUCUCACUCGCAAACUGCAACCAUGGAAGGGAAGAAGAAAACCACAAAUGGCCUUCUCUUCCUGUCUCUCGCCCUCGCCCUCUCUCUCUCGGCCGCCGCAACCCUCCCAUUCCAACUCCAAACCCAAACUUUAACUCUCCACUCCCUCCCCAACCCACCCACCCUCUCAUGGCCCGAAGCCGAAGCCCUUGCAGAACCCGACCCGGAAGAUGCUCUCUCCCUUAACCUGCACCACAUAGAUGCACUCUCCUCCGAUAAAACCCCGGAGCAGCUCUUCCACCUCAGGCUCAAACGCGACGCCAAAAGAGUCGAAUCCCUACUCACACUCGCAGCCCUCAACAGCAGCCACGCGCGCAGAUCCGGCUCUGGUUUCAGCAGCUCCAUCAUAUCCGGUCUAGCACAAGGAAGCGGCGAGUACUUCACCCGCAUAGGCGUGGGUACUCCCGCUAGGUACGUCUACAUGGUCUUGGACACCGGAAGUGACGUCGUUUGGCUCCAAUGCGCACCCUGCCGCAAAUGCUAUUCCCAAACCGACCCUGUUUUUGACCCCAGGAAAUCCCGAACUUACGCCGGAAUCCCCUGUGGAGCCCCUCUCUGCCGCAGGUUAGACUCUCCGGGCUGUAACAAGAACAAGGUUUGCCAGUACCAGGUUUCCUACGGCGACGGUUCCUUCACAUUUGGAGAUUUUUCCACCGAGACACUGACGUUUCGAAAGACAAGAGUCACCCGCGUCGCGCUAGGCUGUGGCCACGACAACGAAGGACUCUUCAUAGGCGCUGCUGGUUUAUUGGGUCUGGGCCGGGGCAGGUUAUCUUUUCCUGUACAGACAGGACGCCGGUUCAACCAGAAGUUCUCUUACUGCCUCGUGGACCGUUCAGCCUCGGCCAAACCAUCCUCUGUUGUCUUUGGAAAUUCCGCUGUUUCCCGAACUGCGCGGUUCACUCCUCUCCUCAAGAACCCCAAGCUCGAUACCUUCUACUACGUGGAGCUCCUCGGGAUCAGUGUUGGUGGCACGCCGGUGCGCGGCUUAUCUGCCUCGCUAUUCCGCUUAGACUCCGCCGGGAACGGCGGAGUCAUCAUCGACUCGGGCACAUCCGUCACCCGCUUGACCCGACCCGCUUACAUUGCUCUCCGGGACGCGUUCCGCGUGGGAGCCUCGCGCCUGAAGCGAGCACCGGAGUUCUCCCUCUUCGACACGUGUUUCGAUCUGUCUGGGCUCACAGAAGUGAAAGUGCCGACUGUGGUGCUGCAUUUCCGCGGUGCCGACGUGUCACUACCGGCGACGAAUUACUUGAUUCCAGUGGAUAAUAGCGGGAGCUUCUGCUUCGCUUUUGCGGGAACCAUGAGCGGUUUGUCCAUAAUUGGUAACAUACAGCAACAAGGAUUCCGGGUAUCAUACGACCUGGCGGGUUCUCGGGUCGGGUUUGCUCCGAGAGGUUGCGUUUGAGUCGUGGUAACGGGAAACAACUGAUUCCCGGUGUUUUCUAAUUAUUAAUAUGAAUUACUGGCAUCGUGUUUUUUAUAAUUUAUUUAAGUUAUAAAAAAAAAGGUUAGAUUAGAAAAUGAAAGCGAGAUCUCAAUCUAGAUCUGGAAGAGGAACUAAAUGAGAAUGUUUCUGUUCUGGUUUCUUUAUAACCUUAAGUUGUCGCGUAUUGUGUUUUUAAUUUUCCAAUUAAAUACAACAAGUACUUCAAUUUGGCAGAAUUUAAUCUUUCAAUUGCUGGUGGUGGUGGUGUAAUAGAUAGAUGAGUAGCUAUUGUUGUGGUGAAAACUCCAGCUAUGAAUGCAAAAGCUAUAAGAUAUUUUGCCA